AACUCUGGAGAUGGACGUUUACUGUCAUUCAGUGUGUGUCGGGGGAAGUCUUGUCAGCGGAACUGUGUCUUCGGGAAGAUGGAACCAUUACAUCGUUUUGUUUACGAGGAACAGACGAGUGCUUGAUAAACCGGUGUUUGGUGGAAGGUGUGAUGAAUUGUGAAUGAAAGAGAGAGGGAGGGAGAGAAGAGGAAGUUCAGAAGAUUAAACAGGUUUUAUUUGGUAUAUGAAUGAGAAAAGUUUACAGAAAAGGUGGUAUUUAUACAAGAGAUCCAUCCACAGUCGCAGAGGAGGCAGCUUUGUCAACAGAGUCGACACAAUGGGAUUCCUGACUGUUGACAAGAUGGCCGAGGCCACAGCAUGUAUUCCGGCCAGGGUGGUCCUGACCUUAAUGACCUUUUUCGGGUGCAUCAACCUCUACAUGGUACGGGUCAACCUGUCCGUGUGCAUUGUUGCCAUGGUGCGGUCGACUACCAAUUACUCGCGGAUGGGGGAAGACACGAACCCUGAAUGUGAUUUCAAUAGCUCCGGGUUGAUGGCCAACAAAAGUAUGCUGACAAUGAAUAGCAGUAAGGAGGCUGUUUCAAUACCCAGCAACGAACCAGACAUACUGGCUGCCCCACAUGAAAUGGGAGACCAGGUGGACUGGGAUGAAGCAACGCAGGGCAUGAUUCUUGGCAGUUUCUUCUACGGGUACACUCUGACACAGAUCAUAGGUGGGCGCUUGGCUGAAAAAUUCGGCACAAAGAUCAUCUUUGGGAUUUGCAUUCUCUCCGGGGGAAUUUCGGCCGUGCUGACACCAAUGGCUGCAAGAGCCCAUUUUGGACUGGUCAUGGCUUUGAGACUUCUCCAGGGAAUCAUGCAAGGCAUGGCCUGGCCAUCUCUCCACGUGUUGAUCGUAAGAUGGAUUCCGCCACUGGAACGUGGGAAAUUCAUCGCUUUUGUUUACAAUGCAUCGGCCAUCGGCACAACGGUGACCCUGCCGCUCUGCGGCGCCAUCAUAGAUGCCUUCGGGUGGCCAGCCGCCUUCUACCUGUCAGGAUUCUUGUCCUUCUCCUGGCUCCUGUGGUGGGUCUUCUUCAUGUUCGACUUUCCGUCCAAGCAUCCCAGGAUCAGCCCAGAGGAGAGGGAAUUCGUGGAGACCUCCAACCGCGAUUCGGGGACUUCAGACGCCCUCCCUCCGUCGGUGCCCUUCCGGAGGAUAGCGACCAGCAUGCCCGUGUGGGCCAACAUCGUCUGCGACAUAGGGAACUCCUUUGGCUUCUCCCUCUGCAUAACCCACAUCCCAACCUACAUGCAGAACAUCUUGGGCUUCUCAAUCAAGGAGAACGGGGCGCUGUCUUCAGCACCGUUCAUGAGCAGAUACCUAGGAGGGAUUCUGGCCAGUUCUCUGUCAGACUGGAUGCUCAAGAGAGGACUCAUCUCUGUCAUCAGUAACCGCAGGGUUUUCAGUGCAAUUGCGAUGUUCGGCCCUGCCCUGAUGGUGAUCGGAGUGGCCCACUCCGGCUGUAAUGCCACUUCAGCCGUUGUUCUUCUGUGCUUGACGAUGUUCUUCAACGGUGCCAUUUCGACCAGUCUCUUCAUUAACCACUGUGACAUCGCCCCGAAUUUCUCUGGUACUUUAAUGGGAGUUACAAACACAGGUGCCAGUAUCAUGGCUUCCUUUGCCCCGACUAUUGCUGGUAUCUUCACUAAUAACCAGCAAACGAUAUCUCAGUGGCAAAAGCUCUUCUGGCUUUGCGUCCCAAUAUACGUUCUGCCCGAGAUCUUCUUCUUGAUCUUCGUGUCAGGUUCGGUUCAGGACUGGAACUACGCCAAUGUGUCUCAGUCUGAGACUGAAAUCAAUGUCAGUGACACUCGCGUGGAUGACAAAGGCCUGGACAAUGUUCAGAUGGAUGAGAAAAGGAUAAUGAAUGUUCAGAGGGGAGAAGAAGGCCUGGACAAUGUUCAGAUGGAUAAGAAUAGUAUAAUGAAUGUUCAGAGGGAUGACAAAGGCCUGGAAAAUGUUCAGAUGAAUGGGAAAAGUAUAAUGAAUGUUCAGAGGGAUGACAAAGACCUGGAAAAUGUUCAGAUGGAUGAGAUAAGUGUUAAUAAUGUUCAGAUAGAUGAGCAAAGUCUGAACAAUGUUCAAACGGAUGAUGACAUGGUGUCAGGCUGUAACGGCCAGAGGGAUGAACUGUUUUAUAGAAAUGUAAUUUACAUUUACUUAAUUUUUUAAAACUAAUAAUAAAGACUAAAGAAAGA